GGUGCCAGGGGCAGCGCGCCGCCCGAGCCCAUUGAGGAACGAACAGGAGCCGCCCCGCCCCCGGGCUGGCUGGGCCCGCCCCCCGCGGGCCAACCCCCCUGGGAGUCGUCACUUCCGGGGGCGCCACAUAAGUCCCUCGCGCGGAACUGCCACUUUUUCUCGCCAGGCCAGAGAAACCCGAUCUCGGCCCCCUCGGGGCAGGAUAUCGCGAUAGCCAGACCCCUUUGGAAAUCUUAGACAUAGUUUGCAGUCUUGCAUACCUCCCCGGGGGCCAUGGCCUGUCUGCCCAAGCCCACAGACAGAUGGCUCCAAUGGCAGCUGCUGCCGAUGGAUAGCUCUUGCCAACAUCAAGGCAAACAAUGGUUCGUAGCGGAAAGAAUGGUGGGCUCCAUCUGAAACAAAUCUCCUAUUACAAACGAACAGGAGAAUAUCAUCCAACUACGUUAGCAAGUGAGAGAAGUGGAAUAAGAAGAGCAGCCAAAAAAUUUCUUUUCAAAGAAAAUAAGUUGUUCUAUGUGGGAAAAGACAGGAAACAGAUGCGUUUGGUAAUUGUUUCAGAUGAGGAGAAGAAGAGAGUGCUACACAAAUGCCAUGAAAGUGCUGCAGGUGCUCAUCAUGGAAUAUCAAGGACUCUGACUCUGGUGGAGUCUAGUUACUACUGGACUUCCAUAACCAAUGACGUCAAACAGUGGGUGUAUGCUUGCCAGCAUUGCCAGGUGGCAAAGAAUACAGCCAUCAUAGUACCCAAAUUACACCCUAUCAAAGUAGAGGAUCCAUGGACUGCAGUCACAAUAGACCUAAUGGGACCGUUUAAUACCACCCGCAGAAACCAUAUGUAUGUCAUAAUGAUGACAGACUUGUUCACAAAAUGGGUGGUGGUUCUGCCACUACAAGACACUUCAGCAGUAGAAAUUGCUAAGGCAAUUGUCAGUGUGUUUUUCUCGUAUGGACCACUUAAAAAAAUGAUUAUUGAUCAAGCAGAAGAGUUUGUUCAUCAGAUCAACAGAGAACUAUUUGAGCUCUUUGGAAUGAAACAAAUAGUAUUGUCCUAUCCUCAGACAGAUGACACAAAUGAAAGAACAUGCAAGACAAUCAAGCCUUUCCUGAACAAAUACUGCGCAGACCACCCCAAUGACUGGGAUGAUAAUUUAUCUGCCAUUGCAUAUGCUUUUAACUUGACUCCCAUGGAGCCAGUCCAAAACACACCAUAUUUCCAAAUGUUUAAUCGUAACCCUUAUGUGUCUGAGACGUCAAAUGUACUGCAGGAAGCACAAGAGGAUAAUAAAUGUAUGUUUGCCAAAAUCCUUGAAGCAAUUAAACAGGCUGAUCGAGUAUUGGAGGAAAGGAAAGCUACAAAAUGCCAGAUUGAGAAAAAUAGGAUUGAUGAACAGCAAACUGGAAACAAGGUCAAUAUUAAAAGGAAACCAAAGCAAAUAAAUCCAUUUCAUCUUAAAGUUGGACAUGAAGUGCUUAGACAAAGGAAAAACUGGUGGAAAGAUGGCCGUUUCCAGUCAGAGUGGGUUGGUCCCUGUAUUAUAGACUACAUCACAGAUAAUGGAUGUGCAAUACUAAGAGAUACCACAGGAUCCAGACUAAAAAGACCCAUCAAAAUGUCUCACCUUAAACCAUACAUAAGAAGAUCCAAUGGACAAGACAACCAUUAUCUCUUACAAGGUGCAAUAGUGGUUGACCAUGACUACGUUGGCUUAUCGGAAAGUUCGUAUGGGCCAUGCCCACAAGACACCAUUGCCGAAGGGGAAGUAAAUACCCCUGCAGCAAACAAUCUGCUGUGUCCACCCUGCAAAGACAGUGAACCAUCAGAAUGUAAAAGUCAGUCUGAGUUUACUGAAGAUCAUAACGUUCUGUCAGCUAACUCAAAUCCAGAGCAAUGGUCUUCAAGCUGUUGGACUCUUCAAACCAAGCUAGAGGAUACUUAAGUAAAUAAAACCCCACAAUGUUUCACUAGAAGAAAUGGUCCUAAACAUCUCUGGUGGAAUGGAAAGGGCUUUAGUAGCUUUAAAUUCCUUAGCCAAGUUUUAAAUAUUGAAAUGUUAGAUGCUUGUAUUUACAACUAUAUAUAUAUUUGUGAAUAAUAUGUGUCUGGUAAUUAGUUUGUAUAUAUGCACUGACAUGCUUGUUUUACAAGGAAUAUGGGAAUAGUUUAGUAAAAACACAUUUCACCACUAUACAAGGGGAUUUUGUCUAUAAACACAGUGCAGAUUAGAGUUAACAGUAUGCGCCUGUCCACAGCGCGUUAGUCCUUAACCGCAAAAGUACAGCAUAGCAUUUCAUUUUAUGGCCUCUUCACUAGUCCUGUGGGUGGUUCAAGAGCUCUGAAAACUCCGGGACUGUAAGCUGAACAACCUGACCAAAGUCUGUCUCCAGCUCCAGAAAGGUGAAAUGGUUCACACCGUCCUAUUCUACAACUUUGUUUCCAGCUCUUUGGGGAAGUUGUGAGCUCUGCCUUUUACACCUUCUAUUCUUUAUUGGUGGCGCAAGACUCUACAACCACAUGAAACAGCAGAGCUGCCAAAGCGCAGUGCAAGAACUGUUCUGCUUGAGAAACAAAUAGCCCUACAGUGACAUGGGCAGAAUUUUUCCAGUUUUACUCCCAGCCCAUCAAAACACUUCAGGGAAAGGAGGUUUUUAGAGUCUUUUAGGCACAUUAAGGCUGCCUAAAGCACAAACAGGGACUGUCUUUGCUCAUCUCCAUAUCAUCUUCAAAGCAAAUCUCAGAGAUGUAGCCUCCUUGCAGCAUGAGCACCACACCAACUGGUUUGUGUAGGUGUUUAGGACUGCCUGGCUGGCUGCUCAGUCUGUCCCUGUCAUUGGUGAUUUUUAUCAUGCUAUCAAAGAUUUUGGAACUCAUGUGAUUAACCAUGUAGUGACAGUCCUUGGUAAAUGUGUUGUGUGGUUCACUGAUCUUCCAGCUCUGAAUCUGCCUGCAGUCUCCCUUACCAUUCUUUCUUUUCAUUAAAAAAAAAAAAAACUUGCUCUAAACCUAGAAAGGGCCCUGCUCUUCCUGACAUCCACACAUCUUACCUUGCCUCUCUCUGAAAAUUUGAGUUGAGAUGAGUUGCGAGCUUGGAGGGGAGAAAAAUUACCAUGUGUCCAUGCAUAGGAGCUUUUGUACUUGUGUGCUUGCUAUGGUGCACCUUUCAGAGUCCCAGAACCACACAACACCACAAUGGGGCUAGAUCCAGGAACCAUGGAAGUAGAUAAUUACCACCCAUUGACUUUUGGAAGUAGCCCAGGGCUGGGAGCUUUAGUCUAACCUCUUUCACUGACUGGUGUUACUUGUUUUCUGCACUUCAUGACCCUUAUUGUUGACCAAGGCUUCAUACCUCCAGUGGUAUUGCCAUUAGUUCAUAGUUUUGAUAACAGUACUAGAAGAUGCAGAAGGAGAGCUAGUUGGAAAUAGUUCUUCUGCCUGAGGGAAAUUUUUGAUGACGUUAGUUUCAGAUUUUUUUUAUGGAGAAUUUUGAUUUUUUGGUAAAAAUUGAAAACCAAAAAAUUUCAGCUGCAAACCAAAAUCUUCAUUUUGGAAAUACCCCCACAGGGCAGAUGGGGAAUAUACAUUUAGGUACCUUAUACCCCCAUUCUUCUCUUUGGGAUGGGCUCCCUGGCCAGCCUAUAUCUCCCCACUUGCCUCGCUGCUAUGGUACAUCACUGGAAACUUGGUCUAACUGGUGAGCCUGGCCCAUAGAGGAAAAUGGGGGCAUGAGGCACCAUGCUAGCAUUUCCUAAUCUGAUUUUUUUGGAGUUUGGCCCAAACCUUUUCAGGUGAUAAAUUUUUGGACAAAAAGUAGAAAUAGCUGCAGCAAGCAGACAUUACUCGUGAAAAUUUUUUUUUGUCAUAAACCCAAUUUGCCACUGAUAAACAGUUUUCAUUGAAAAUUUUCAGUCAGCCCUCAUGCUUAUUGAAGGCUCAGCUAGGAAGGGAACCCAGGACCAAGAUUUUCAAAAGCUGCUAUUGAAUCUGGGUGGCUAGUGUGAGAUGCCUGUAAGAGAGACUUAACUGUAAAAACUGCUGAGUGUCCUCUGGAAAAUCAGAUCCUGAACAUGGAGGAACACAGUUUUGCCCAUUAAGUGACACUGCCCGUUGAAAAGAAUAUACCAAACCUAUGUGCUUGGCUAUGCUGUCUGUAGAAUAAGUCUGCUUUCCACAUACCCACUUUACCAAGCACUUUUGAGACCCACAGAUGACUGAGGGUUAUAUCAUUCAUUGACAAAUACACAGUAGCCAGGAAACCUAUAUCUCAGACCCCUGCUUUAACCACCAGUUUGCACUCGUCUCCCAGAACCAAGAAUAGAGUCCAGUAAUCCUGAUCUCCAGCAUCCUACUGCUAUCUAGAAAACAAAUAGCAUAAUGCACUCUU